AUGCUAUCAACCACUACCAUUCUACAGCCUGAGACUGGCCUUGGUCUGGUCCCUGAGCAUCAGUUUGCGAAUGGAUCAUCUUCAACUGCGCAGGCUGUGUAUGUCGAACAAGAUAUAGCUGAGGACACCGCAGACCAGCAUCCGCUCGGCGUGCGACCUAGCGGCAAUGCACUCACUUCGGAGGACAAUGCCCAAAAGUACAUGGGUGCCUUCGGGGCGCUGCCAGAUUCUCUGAUACUAUUGUUGUUGGAGUUUCUGGACCAAGACAGCCUUGUCAGCCUGGGCGGCACAUGUCGUGGGUUUUAUGCAUACACAACCUACGACCAGUUGUGGCGUGACAUUGCUGUCAUCGAUAUGACUCCUGGAUUCUCCUGGCGCGGAAGUUGGCGGGCCUCGCGGAGACGAUUAGCUUCUGCAAAACCGGCUUCGGUGGAUUGCAGGCAUGUCUUUUCUGAUGCCUUGUAUCGCCCGUUCUUAUGCUCACAAAUUCCGUUGUCUCCGUAUGCCUCCAAGAUACCAGCACAAAACCAAAUCCCACGAAUAGCCGAGCUCUCAAUAGAAGAAUUCAAUGCUACAUGGUCGGACAAGCCGUUUGUUCUGACCAGUCCUAUGAAACAAUGGCAAGUCUACAAGGACUGGUGUCAAGAUGAUUUGGUGGCUCGAUAUGGGGAUACGAUAUUUCGUGCUGAGGCAGUGGACUGGCCCUUGAAGACGUACGUUGAGUACAUGAACUCGACACGCGAUGAAAGCCCCCUCUACCUAUUUGACAGAGGCUUCGUGGAGACGAUGGGCCUCACCGUCGGGGAAGCCUCAUACCAGCCACCAGCCUGCUUCGAAGAAGACCUCUUCACUUUGUUGAAGGAGCAGAGACCCGAUCAUCGGUGGCUGAUCAUAGGCCCAGAACGAAGCGGAAGCACUUUUCACAAGGACCCCAAUGCGACAAGCGCAUGGAACGCAGUCAUUCGUGGUUCUAAGUACUGGAUCAUGUUUCCCAGUUCUAUUCUGCCACCGGGAGUUUACAUGAGCGCGGACCAAAGUGAGGUUACAUCACCUCUAAGUAUUGCAGAAUGGUUGCUGUCUUUCCACGCAGAGGCCAGAGACACCCCCGGCUGUAUAGAAGGGGUCUGCCAUGAAGGCGAAGUAUUGCAUGUUCCAUCUGGGUGGUGGCAUCUGGUAGUGAACCUGGAGCCUGCUAUAGCGAUAACACAAAACUUUGUGCCUCGGUCGCACGUGAGGGCAGCAUACAAGUUUCUGAAAUACAAAGCGAACCAGGUAUCAGGGUUCAAGGAGAACAUCAGUGAUCCAUGCUCCCUAUUUCUGGAAGGUUUGAGAGAAGCGCGCCCAGAACUGGCAGCGCCGCUCGAUGUCUCAACCGAGAGGAAAAGGAAGUGGCAAGAUGUGGUAGAAGCAGAUGAUGCUGACAACCAGAGAGGAGGCUUCAGCUUCGGGUUUGGCGAUGAUAUUGAGGAUAAGGAUGAGGAUGAGGAUGAGGAUGCGUGA